AUGCUUGUGGGCGCCUCGAUCAACAUGACCCUCUCCAGCGGCCAGUCGUGGCAGGGUGUCGUCUCUGGCAUCUCUGGCGACACACCGCUCAUCGUGCGGGCCGAGGUGAUUCGAGGGCUGCGGUGCGCUGAGGGCGCGGCCGAGGACGGUGCCUGCAUUUUCGGGCUCAAACUCUUCGGCUCGACCGCGCCUUCGGGCGUGCCAACGGAGCAAAUCGAUGAGAAGCAGCACUCUGCCGGGCGGCCGUACGAGCUGAUCGUGUCGAGCUGCACACUGCGCGGCAACCUGCGCGGGACGCCGCCGCGGGCGUCCUACCACGUCUCGCUGCUCGGCUGGGACGGCGCCUCCGACCUCACCCUUUCAACGUUCGAGGCUGACGCGCCCCUCCUUCGCCCCUACUGCGUGCCCGCGGGAAGCGCGGCCCCCUCACCGCGCCACUCGCAUGGCGCUGCGCUGGUCUCCUCCCGCCACGCACGGGGCGACCUGAUGCUCAUGUUUGGAGGCUCACUCCAGCACGGCCAGCCGCCGUCCGAGGGCGCCGGCGACGGCCUAGUCCUCUCCGCCGCACGCCCGUCGGCGGAGCUUUGGGCGCUGCACGUCCCCUCCCGCACUUGGCGGCUGCUCGGGCCGGAUGUGUUGCCGCCGCAGCCGCCGCGUCCGGUGGCCGGUGCCGACAGGAACUGGCGCCUCUUCCCCGCGGGCUCGUCGCCAUCGCCUCGCCGGCACCACGCCAUGGUUGCGGUGUCACUACCCGCCGACGACGAGGCGGCGCUCCUCCUCGUCGCCGGGCUGAGCGAGAUCGCCGCAGACGCCUCCCUUGGCGGCGAGCCAGGGGGUGGCGGCGGCGGCGGCGGCAUCGUGCUCCGCGACGUCUGGCGGCUGUGGCUGCCGCCUUCCGCCGAUGGCACCGUGCGGUGGGAGCCGCUGGCUGUCCGCGUCGCUGACCGCGCCGACGCCGUCCAGGGCGACGACCAGCCGGCGGAGCGGUACGGCCACACCGCUGUCGCCUUUGGCGACCGCGCGUUUGUCUACGGCGGCGUGCGGGAGUCUGCGCGCGCGCGCGAGGGCGAUCAGAGCUCUCGCUCCGGCGUGUCUUCGGAUGUGUGGGAGGUGAACGCGGCGACGGGCGAAUGGAGAGCGGUGAAGGCGGCGGUUCCGCCGCGCGGGCGUGCCUUCCACACCGCCACCGCCGUCGGCGAGGCGAUGCUCGUCUUUGGGGGUGUGGACGCGCAGGGCGAGACGCUGAACGAUUUGUGGGCGCUGCACGUGUCGACCGUGGUCGGAACGCAGUGGGCCGAGCUGCGGCCCCUCAGCGACUCGCGCAUGAGGCUCUUCCUCGGCCGCUCCCGCCACACGGCGCCGUUCGUCCGCCUCGCGCCUCCGAACUGCGCCGCCGCGUCGGCGCCCGCGUUCGCCACGAAUGGGACGGCGGGCGGCGGCGAGCCAGCGGGGGAGGGGCGGCUGACGGAGUUGCUGGCGUGCGUGCCUUGCCUCGCGGGCACCCGCGCGCUCCCCGCCUCGGCUGUUGAUGGAGGGGCCGCUGGUGGCCGGGGCGACGUCUGCCAGCUGUGCCCCGCGGGGUGGCUGACGACGGAGCCCGGCGCGUCGACGUGCCUGGCUUGCCCGGCGGGCACCUUCUCUAGCGAGCCCGGCGCCACUAGCUGGCGGGCGUGCCGCCUCUGCCCCUCGGGGAGCUACUCCCCCGAGGCUGGCGCCGCCUCCUGCCUUCCCUGCGGCGCGGCCGAGGCUUGCCCUGCCGGCUCCUCCCACCCACUCGACCCGUUGUCGUUGCCGAGCCACCCCACCGGCACCGCGCCAGCCCCGUCCAACGCGACGUGGUUUGUGGGCUCGGUCUCGUCGGACUUCUUCCCGCAGGCAGCGAGGCGCGCCCCCUCGACGGACCAGUCCCUCGCGCGCGCGCAGCUGGUCAUCACCACUCUGGGAGGCCUCUCGUUCUUCUCCUUUGUCGUCGUGCUCGGGCUGACUGCGCUCUAUCGCCCCCGCAUGGCCGAGCUCAUGCUGCGACGUGCAGACGUGCCGCCCAUCUCUGGCGGGCCAGGCAACUCGCGCGCGGGCGGGCUCUUCACCAUCGCGUACGCCUUCUUCUACGCCUCCUUCGCGCUGGCCUUCAUCCUGCAGUUCCUGUUUUUCAACGAGCACACUUCGGCCUCGCUCAUCCCCACCCCCUCGGAGCACUACUCGGUCACCGCCGCGACCUUUGACGCGCGGCUCACCGCCCUCGGCUACACGGCGGAGCAGUGCGUCCUGCCGCACGCGCCGCCGGGUGAGUCUGGCGCCUGCGCCGCCGGCAUCGCGGUGGCCGCGCUUGGAAUGCGACUCCCGGCCAACGGUGCAGACGUGUCGUGCACGUUCCAGCGCUCCACAGGCCCGGGCGACAGCGCGUGCGCCAUCACGUACCGCUGCGCAGAGUGCCACAUCGAGACGGCCGAGGCGCAGGUCCGCUUCGACCUCUCGGGCCGCUUCGCGUUUGCGCACCAGAUCACGUGGGAGGCCUCUGUCGCUUGGUCGCGCCGCCAGCCCAUCGAUGGACGCUCUUCGCUGCGCGCCUCCAUUCGCCCUCCGCCCGACGCGCUGCUGCGUGGCGCCCGCCCUUCCGAGGUGACGCUUGCUCUCGUCCCGACCGUCUACGAGAACUCGAUCAACAACACGCACGCGCGCGGCUUCCAGCUCCAGUACAUCGCGGCCACCGUCGGCGGGACGGUACGGGCGGAGCAGGUCGAUCCGAUCGACGGUACUGAGGGGCGCGUGGCGCUGUCGAUUCGGCUGCGGCCGCUCGAACAGGAGUACAAGCUGAGCGUCACCCUCGUCCGCACGCUCAUCGAGCUCAUCGCGCAACUGAUGGCGCUCGGCUCGGGCCUCUCCUUCCUCUGCCGGCUCACCCUCUGGCUUUACCUGCGCACGAUGCACUCGAGCGCCGCCAAGCUCGGCACACGCGUCCACGCGAGCGUGGUACGCCGAUCGCAGGGCCGCGACGAGCGGCCGCAUGUGCCGCGCCACGAGCGACGCGGGUCCAAGGGACGGUCCGAGGAGUGGGACCGCGCGCGCAUGAAGCGCUACGCGUCGCAUGGCGACCGUGCGCAGCUGCUGACCGACCGCAUGCCCUCCCCCCGCCGCUCGCCCGGCCGGCACCCCCUCGAGGCGGCGAGACCUCGCGACUCGCGGGACAGCCGUGGGAGUCUGCGCCUCGAGUCCUUCCGCGCGGACGAGUCCUUCCGUGUCAUGCCCACCGCCACUGCCGGCGUCUUUUGCAACGCGCCGCCCGGCAGCCGCAGUUUCACGCGGCACGCGACACCGCCGCUGCUGCAGUGGGGCUUCGUGAAGCUCGUCGAGGACGACACCACGUCGGACACCGAGGGCGGCCGAUCGUCCUCGGCGGGCCCAGAUCGGCCACGCGGCGCGGCGUCGGCGCUCCCGGAUGCCACGGCAGCCGCCUCCUCCUCUUCGUGGUGGCCGCCGCCACGGUCUGCGACGGGGAUGCACCCGCCGCCCUCUACGGGGUACCCGCGCUCUUUUGCAGAGACGUCAGAAGUCCCGCCGCCGCCGCCGCGCAGCGCAGAGUCCGGCAUCGCGAUGCAUGCGGUUGGCAAGGCGGGCCGGGACGGCGUGUCCGCGCAGCCGGCGAGCGGGAGGUCGCCUGAGCAGAGCGGGAGCAUCAUUGCAGGCAGCUUGAGUGGAGACAGCACUGACGGAGAGAGUUCUCCCCCCGCAGAGCGUCGGCAGCGAGGCGUCGGCAGCCUCCGACGCGGCGCUCUCGUCAACGACGCCCCUGCGCAACACACGAGGCGCAACAGCCGCGGCGGCUCACGGAGUCGAGCGAACGGCGGCGACGGCGGCGGGGGUGGCUGGGGCGGGCACUCGAGCGCCGCUGAGGGAGAGCGCCUUCCCCGCGACACCGACGCAAGGCGCGCGCUGACCGAGGCGUUCGGGGGAGGCGAGCCCGCGGAGCGGGGCUGUGCCUCCACCUUUCCCUCGCCAACGCAGAGUGAGGGCGCGCUUGCGGCGACGCUCCUGGCACAGACGCCGCCGCAGAGUGAGGCGGCAGUCGCAGGGGCAAGGCUAGCGAGCCCACCCGGUGCCGACCCGCUCUGCGUGCAGACGACAGACAGAAUGGACCAGCGUGAGGGCCAACCUGCCGGAUCGUCCGAUUUGAGCCGAUGCUCUGCUGGGUCGACCAACGCGACUGGCGGUGAGUGCGAAUCGGGCCGGUGGAGCCAGCCCGCGUCGCCAGGGACGCCGCUCACGCCGCCUCACGGAAACCCUCACUACACUGUGGUGGCUGGGAUGAAGUCUCCCUUUGGCAAAGCCUUUGCGAAUGGGAGCUGACGCGUACGUUUGUGGGAUGUCUGAGUCGUCUGAGUCUGAGAGUGAGGGAGAAAAAGGGUCAGUGCUAAGCAGAAACGAAGCGGUUGUGCAGGAAAG